AUGGUGGUGAACGGUGGUGUGGAAUUCCUUGGGAAAAAUAGUCUAGAACAUUUAAAAAAGCAAGGCAUGUCACAUUCUCAGCAACCACACUUGUCUACUGCCAGUCUCGUGGAGAGGUUAAUUAUGGUGGCCACGACGCUUUUAGCAACAGUUAGGUUGUUACAGACAAUGCCUAGUAUUAAAAAUGGAUAUGUUGAAGGAAUAGGUAGCGUUCAACUUGAUUUGGCAUUACUGGUUGUAUGGACUUGGUGUGUUUAUUCGAUUCGUUUCCCAAACGCUAGACAGGAAGGGCAUAGAAUAUGGGGAACUGAUGUGAAAUGCUAUAGAACUGAAGUGGAUGAUGGUUCAUUCUAUGGCGCAUUAUUAAUCCCCAUAAUGUCAGUUGCAAAAUUGGUCGAUAUUCAUAAAUCAUCUAAAAACGAUUCAUAUAUUGAAUUUAUCCAGACGAAUACGGAAUUAUGCAUCUUGUUAGGAUGUGGGGUGAUACUUCAUAUGUUUCUAUCUAAACAUUUUACCAUAAAGAAGUUAGCGACUAUUUGGACUAUAGCGAUUACCAGUGGUUUAUCAAUAAUGAUCUAUCUUAUUCUGUCGAAUUUCGAGAGAUUACCGUUAUUAAAAAAAUUACCGUGGCAAUAUAUCCUUUUUUCGCAGACUUUCUAUCACGUUUCUUUAUACUCUAUUGCAUAUCUCUUCAAAAAGAGCUUUACGUUUGGUGAACUAGCAAUUGUGGCGCAGUCGAUAACGCUGUUGGCUGUUGAGGCAUGGGUUGUUACUGUAAAUGAGGUAUUUCCUCUCUACUCGCCUGUUUCAAUAAGAUCUGAUUCAAUCAAAUUUUUUGAAUACCCACAUCCAAUAACCAUCUUUCAAAUAGCACUCAUACUUGGGAUGCUACUCAUCGGUAUUUUACUCUCACCGUUUUUAUUUCGUUCUCGAUACCUCGCGCAACAACCAAUGUGGAAAGCCAAAGAUCCGCACUCGUUUGAAACCGAGAAGAAAUGGACGGCAUGUAUAAUAUAUGGAGGUACUAUUAUUAUUGUGCUCUGCUGUCUGGGGCAGUGGGUUCAGAUGUUACUAAAAGCAAAUCCUUAUUUAUGGAUCUUUAAAUUCAUCGUUGAUUCAUCCACCCGAAUUCUGUUAAUGAUAUAUUGGAUUGCGGCACUUGGAAUAUCUCUUUUUCUGUUCAAUUAUAUCUCUCGCACGCGAAAACAUUUUUCGUUGAACGCCAAACGGAAGUACUUCCAUGCUCUUGCGGUGGCAAUGUUUAUUCCCGGGUAUUUACUUGAUCCUUUAUUUAUGGAUCUAGCUUUCAGCAUAGCGCUUUCCGCGCUUAUCUAUUUGGAAUACUUAAGAUAUUUUGCGGUUUUUCCGGUCGGGAAACAACUACAUCUCUUUUUAAGCGAGUUUGUGGAUAAUCGCGAUGCUGGGCCCGCUAUUUUAAGUCAUAUUUAUUUAUUAGUCGGAUGCGCCGGAUGCGUUUGGUUAAAAGGAAACUCGAAAAUUGCCGGUCUAUCCGGCAUUCUUACCCUUGGUCUUGGCGACUCCAUGGCAUCGAUAAUAGGACGAAAAUAUGGCCGUCGACGAUGGCACGGAACCUCUAAAACUUUUGAAGGAACCGCAGCUUUUAUUAUUUUUGUAUUGUUGGGCACCGCGAUGAUAGAUAGUUUUUUGAUUACGGAUCAAGUUUUUACUUUUUCGCAGGCAACAAAUGCUACUUUCUUUGAUCGCAUAGCGGCAUUUGGACCACGCCUACCAGAAGAUGGGCUUGAAGGGCAUCUCAUUCCCUUGGACAUGAUUGAGUCGGAUAAUAUAAAUGGAUGUCGAGCAUUGGAAAAACCUUUUGUUACUCCCGCAAUAGUUCUCGUUGAACGUGGUCAUUGUUCAUUUAUCGAAAAAGUACGAAAUAUGCAAAGUUCAGGAGCAUUAGCCGUAGUAGUAGGCGACCCAGAGCGUAACGGAUUAAUUACUAUGUAUGCUACUGGAAACACUUCAGAUAUUCAAAUUCCUUCUGUGUUUGUUGGACAAAAGGAUUAUAGUGAGCUUCGGUCAAUCUCAUUAAUAAGCGGAAAUCCAAUAUUGAUAAUGCUCGUAAAAGAUGAUCUUUUACAGUGGCCAUUAUUGGACGUCAUAAUUGUUGUGAUCUUAUCACCGACGGUGGUUAUGAUUUUCAUAUACGUUCUAUGGCGUAUUCGUCAACGUCAAUUAAACAGACAAGACAUUGCACCACAACAAGUAGUGUGCAAUCUUCCGCGGAAAAUAUAUCGCCAGUCAAAAAGACAAGAAAAUGAUCCACAAGAAUGUGCAAUUUGCCUCGAUGACUAUGCGGAUGGCGAUGAACUCAGAAUUAUGCCGUGUAAACACGAAUUCCAUGUCGGAUGUAUUGAUAGUUGGUUAACAACAAGAAAGAAGUUUGUAAGUGUAAUUUUCGAUUGA